AGAAACGUCAAAGGCGAUGAUAGGCUUUUAUAGCGAAUAGGUUUGAAAAGUCUCAUGCUUCAGAAUGCAUCUGCAAAACCUAUGAGCUGCAUCGGUAACAUCUUAGAACAGUUAUUUAUUGACAGAAGAAUAUAGACAACACUUUACAUCUACAUCGUACCUCAAUUCUAACGAACCAUAAUGAAGCUUCUGGCUAUUACCACAUCAGAAAAACCCAACCUGUGGAUAUUUGGCUAUGGCUCCUUAGUCUGGAAACCAGACUUCAAAUACAAGAGGAGCAAAGUCGGUUAUAUUGAUGGAUAUAGUCGACGCUUCUGGCAUGGGGACAAUUUCCAUCGAGGAGACAAAGACGUGCCAGGUAGAGUGGUAACUUUGGUGGAAGAUCAAGAUGCUUGCACUUGGGGGGUAGCCUACGAGGUCACUGACUCCCAGUUGGAGGAGUCUCUGCAGUACCUGAAUGUGAGAGAGGCUGUGCUGGGGGGCUACGUCACCAAGAUGGUGGAGUUCAUUCCCAGAGAGAAGUACCAAGGGUCCCUGCUCGCCCUGGUCUACAUUGCCACCUCUGACAACCCCAUAUACCUCGGGCCUGCCACUUCCACAGAGAUAGCUGCUCAGAUUACCAUCUGCAGAGGCAACACGGGCCACAACAUAGAGUACCUCCUCCGCCUGGCUGAGUUCAUGAGGCUGUACUGUCCCGAGGUAGAGGACGACCAUCUCUUCUCCAUAGAGGCAGCCGCCCUGGCUCUGGUCAUCUGAACUACC